GCCGGGGCGUAGCUUUAAGAGGCGGCGCGGGCUGCGGAGGCGGCGAGCCAGGCCCGCGAGGGGACCCGCGCCAUGGACACCGCCCGGGACUACGCAGGAGCCCUCCUCAGGCCCCUGACAUUUAUGGGAUCACAGACCAAGCGAGUCCUGCUCACCCCUCUCAUGCAUCCAGCCCGCCCCUUCCGAGUCUCCAACCACGACAGGAGCAGCCGGCGCGGGGUGAUGGCCAGCAGCCUGGAGGAGCUCCUCCACAAGACUCUGGAUGUCCUGGUCAUCACUGCUGGACUGGUCACUCUGGUACUGGAGGAAGACGGCACCGUGGUGGACACGGAAGAGUUCUUCCAGACCCUAGGAGACAACACGCAUUUCAUGAUCUUGGAAAAAGGACAGAAGUGGACUCCGGGUAGUAGGUAUGUCCCAGCUUGCCGGCAGCCGAAGAAAUCGGGGAUCGCAAGGGUCACCUUUGAUUUAUACAAGCCGAACCCCAAGGACUUCAUCGGCUGCCUCAACGUGAGAGCCACGGUGUAUGAGAUGUACUCCGUGUCCUACGACAUCCGGUGCACCGGGCUCAAGGCCCUGCUGAGGAGCCUGCUGCGGUUCCUGUCCUACACUGCCCAGGCGACCGGACACCUUCUCAUCUACGCGGGCACAUACGUGCUGCGCGUGCUGGGUGACGCGGAAGAGCGGCCCUCCCUUGCGUCACACACCUGGGGCUGGUUCACGUGUGGAAAGGGCCGCAGGCUGCAGAGGGCUCAGCCCGCUUCUUGACCCACAUGCUCUCUCGAGUGACAGUUUCAAAGAUGCUUUAAUGUCCUUAACCACAUGCACUUGUAGGCUGCUGGUCGCCCCGCUCAGGGGUGGCGUCCAGGUGAAGGACAG